AUGAGAGUUAAGGAUAACUAUAAAAUCUUAGAAGAAAGGUUGAAGGUCGUUGAAGGGUUCAAUAUCUUUAGAGUUGAUGUUAUGGGGAUGUGCUUGGUACCGAAUGUGGUUAUACCUCAAAAGUUUAAAACUCCUAAAUUUGAGAAAUACAAGGAUGUCAGUUUCCCUAAGAACCAUCUCAGGAUGUUUGUCAGGAAGAUGGUUGCCUACGCAGCAAAUGAGAAACUAAUAAUGCAUACUUUCCAGGACAGUCUAAGUGGGGCAUCUCUAGAUUGGUACAUGCAGUUAGAGAGAAGCCAUAUCAAGACAUGGGAGGAUCUAGCUAGUUCCUUCCUGAGGAAAUACAAGUAUAACUUGGACAUGGCUCCCAAUUGCAUGCAAUUGCAUAAUCUGUCACAAAAGGCGAACAAAUCAUUUAAGGAGUAUGCCCAAAGAUGGAGGGAACUAGCCUCCUGUGUGCCACCUCCAUUCUUGGAGAGUGAACUAGUGGAUAUGUUCAUGGGCAUUUUACAAGGCCCAUACUACAAAAAUAUGAUAGGGUCAGUAUCAACAAGUUUUACUGAUUUGGUGAUAAUUGGGGAGAGAAUCAAGAAUGAGUUGAAAAGCGGUAAGAUCGGAAAACCAUCUUCUGGUCAACACAACAACAAAAAGUAUCCUAACAACAAUAAUUCAAAAAAAGGUGACGCCAAUGUUGUUACUACUGAUGGGUAUUCCCAGAUGCCUUACAAUUCUUAG